AUAAUUUGAUGUUCGCGCUCGUUACGUGUCGGAAAUGGUGGCGGUAGUGACGUAAUAUAACACAUCUAACGUCCCAAAAUAUCUCAUUGACAUCAGCAUUAAAUGAUAAAAUGGGAUAUAUAAUAUUAUGCUUUUCUUUUUAUAAAUAUGUACUGUCUGAAGAAAUGUUUUCACAGUAUCAUUAAUAAUGGAGCUAACUGACUUGUGUUAUUGCGAAAUGGUUGGCCUGCUAUGGUGGAUGUAGUGUUGGGUGUUUUGGAAUGCCAAUCGAAGAAGUGAAUCGUUUCAUGGCCAGAAGGAGUGAGUAUGGCUACAUUCCAUCUCGAGAACUGGAAGAACAGAAUAAUAUAAUAGGAAGAAGAAAUGAACACGGAUACUUAACUACGCCUGGGGACGAUGGGGAAGUGGAUACAGAACCAACCAACAAGCUGAGAAUACGUGUGAUAGCAGGUCAUAAGCUAGCCAAGAAAGACAUAUUUGGAGCAAGUGACCCAUAUGUUCGGAUAGACUUGAACACUAUAAAUGGUGAUGAGACCAUUGAUUCUGCUCUUACAAAGACAAAAAAAAAGACUUUAAAUCCUCAGUGGAAUGAAGAAUUUGUUUUUAGAGUUAAACCUGCAGAACACAAGCUGGUGCUUCAAGUGUUCGACGAGAAUCGCCUUACCCGUGAUGACUUUCUUGGAAUGGUCGAGCUGACGCUCCUGAACUUGCCCAAAGAGCAAGAGGGCAGGAACAUUCCACCGAAGCAGUACGUCCUCCGCCCGCGCAGUUCCCACCCUCCCAGCGCCAGGUCCCGGGUGAAAGGACACCUGGAGAUUUACCAUGCUUAUGUUCGAGAGCCUGCGGGUACAGCAGACGGCCAGCUGCCCGUAGACCCCGCCAACACCACCCAUUCCUCGGAUUCUGAUUGGGAGCUUGUCGACUCGGACGCGUCGCAUCCGUCCACAGAAGUCGCUGCCCAGCCGGUGUUUGUCCUGAACCAGGAGCAGCUGUCGCCGCUGCCCGCCGGCUGGGAGGAGCGCCAGGACGCCAACGGCCGCACCUACUUCGUGAACCACGUGGCUCGCACCACGCAGUGGGAGAGGCCUACCGUCAGCAAUCUUGGGAGCAACGAGCAUCAGCAGAAUGUGCGCGAGCGCAGCCUGGAGUCGGCUGCUACGGAGUUUCAGCGCCGUUUCCACAUCAGCGUCGACGAGAGUGAGAACAACCGGCGUGAGAGUGCGUCGACCCCGCAGUCUGAUCUGGACUCCGGGGCUAGCGGUGACGAAGCGGGUGGGAGUAGUGAUCCUGAUGGUAUUGAGGACGAAGACAGUGAUGUGUUUGACGGAGGGGAUAAUGGUGUAGUGACGAUUAACGUUCAGGAGACAACAGAUGAACCAGACACUGGGAGUCAUGCUCCGAUUGAGUCUGAAACGCCGCCUCAGCCGGAGCAGCGAGGACCUGCGCCGGGGGCCAGCGGGGAGGGCCUGCCCUCCGGCUGGACGAUGCAGGUGGCCCCCAACGGCCGCAUGUUCUUCAUCGACCACAACGAGCGCACGACCACGUGGGUGGACCCGCGCACGGGGAGGGCCAGCCCCAUGCCCAACCAGAGCCAGCCGCCCAGCCGGCGGCCGGAGGACGAGCUGGGCCCGCUGCCCGAGGGCUGGGAGGAGCGCGUGCACACGGACGGCAGGAUAUUCUUCAUCGACCACAACACAAGAAGUACACAGUGGGAAGAUCCCAGGUUAUCGAAUCCUCAAAUUGCUGGACCAGCUGUGCCCUACUCUCGUGAUUACAAGAGGAAAUAUGAAUACUUGAAAUCACAGCUGCGGAAACCAAACAACGUUCCAAACAAGUUUGAGAUCAAGGUGCGGAGGGCACACAUCUUCGAGGACUCGUACCGCAUCAUCAGCAGCGUGAACCGCAUGGACCUGCUGAAGACGAAGCUGUGGGUGGAGUUUGAGGGGGAGGUGGGGCUGGACUACGGGGGGCUGGCCCGCGAGUGGUUCUUCCUGCUCUCCAAGGAGAUGUUCAACCCGUACUAUGGCCUGUUCGAGUACUCCGCCAUGGACAACUACACGCUGCAGAUCAACCCCUUCUCGGGGCUGUGCAACGAGGAGCACCUCACCUACUUCAAGUUCAUCGGCCGGAUAGCAGGGAUGGCCGUGUACCACGGCAAGCUGCUCGAUGCCUUCUUUAUCCGUCCAUUUAUGUAUGUUUCAGCCUUCUUUAUCCGUCCAUUUUACAAGAUGAUGCUUGGGAAAGCGAUAGACUUGAAGGAUAUGGAGAGUGUGGAUUCAGAGUAUUACAACUCCCUCUUGUGGAUAAAGGAGAAUGAUCCUAGUGAACUAGAACUUACGUUUUGUGUGGAUGAAGAGAGCUUCGGCCAUUUUUCUCAGAGGGAGCUGAAGGCGGACGGUGCAAACAUUCCUCUUACCAACGAAAACAAAGAUGAAUAUAUAAGGCUGGUGAUCCAGUGGCGGUUCGUGUCGCGGGUCCAGGAGCAGAUGCAGGCGUUCCUCGACGGCUUCAACGGCCUGGUGCCCCUCACCCUCAUCAAGAUAUUCGACGAGCAUGAGCUGGAGCUGCUGAUGUGCGGCAUCCAGAACAUCGACGUCAAGGACUGGAAGCUGAACACCGUCUACAAGGGCGACUACCACCCCAACCACAUCACCGUGCAGUGGUUCUGGAGGGUUGUGCUGUCAUUCAACAAUGAAAUGAGGGCACGGCUGCUGCAGUUUGUGACGGGAACGUCUCGCGUGCCGAUGAAUGGCUUCAAGGAGCUGUAUGGCAGUAACGGCCCACAGCUGUUCACUAUAGAGAAGUGGGGGACAGCUGAGAACUACCCCCGAGCUCACACAUGUUUCAACCGACUGGACUUGCCACCUUACGAGAGUUACCAGCAACUACGGGACAAGCUCAUCAAGGCCAUAGAGGGAUCUCAAGGCUUUGCCGGCGUCGACUAACUGUGGUGCCAGCUUUUGUGAUACUGUACUGUUAUAAAAAUUUUAUUUCCUUGUAGAGGUGGACGGGAUCUCGAAAUGCGGGAUAAGUGUCUGGAAAUAGACCUUUCCCGAACUUCGGGAAAAUAAUUUUUCUCUUCAUAAUACCUUGGAAAAAACAAUUUUUUUUUAAUAGUAAAAACCUCUGGUAAACUAUUUUUUAUAUUGCAAAAAUAUUUUAUACUUUUGUUUUUGUCACCAUCUACAUCAUAACAAACCACAACUUUGCACAUGUAUUAAACAGAUAAAACAUAAAGAUAUCACACAAAAAAACAUAUAAGCCCUAUCUAUGAAAUGUAAAUUCAAGUCCAUAAACACUGUUAAAAAUAAUAACUUUGACUGAAUAAAGUACUCAGUGUAAUCAAACAUAUUAUCAAUUUAUUUUUACUUUUGACGAAUGCAAUAAUCUUUACCGUAUAUUUAGAUUGUGUUCAUAAAUGAACUUCACAAGAGCAGCAAUGAACAAUGUUGCCAAACAUGUGAAAAUUUGAAAUGAUACUAACUCCAUUUGUAACAAAGAAACCAAAUACGCCAUAAAAUAUUUAGGCUAUAAUUUCUUGUUCGAUUUUCAGAAAUAUCAGAGUGAUUUAAAGAUUUUGCAGUUGAUCAUCAUGCAUGAUCAAUAGUAAAUUACGUAAAAUGAGUGUGAUUCAAAAGUGGAGUGUUAAAAAUGUUUAUGGUCAAUUUUAUGAAAUAUUUUUUUUUUUAAUUUGGCAUUCCAGGCCAGGCCAUAGUGGCAAAAAGUGAUCCAGGUAACUUCAGCACCUAUUUAGAAAUUAUUCAAAAAAUUAACUGAUAACAGGAUGCUAUGCACUUUUGCCCUUCUGUCCUAAAAACAUGGUUCAACAGGAAUGCACAGCACAUAAUAUAAAUUAAAGCUAAACAUGUUCUUAUGUGUCAAUAUUUUUUUGUGAACUGGAAAGUAUUUGGACUAUUAAUUUGGAUGUUUUAUAAAGAACUUAUAAAUUGCACUUUUAAUAGCAAAUUUUUUUUUACCGUAUAUACCAAGUGAAAUAUUUCAAUACUGUUACUUUCGAGCUCUAUCCGAUAGUGAAGUAAAAAUGCCAUUCCCGUCCACCUCUAUUUACUUGUAUUAUAUUGUACAUAUAAAUAUAUAUAUAUUAUAUCUUCCAGAAAACUUUAUAUAUGCAUUGUAUACACUUUUCUGUUUUGUUUGUGGCUGUUAUUUCCGUGUGCAAUAUUAUCAUCAGUUGGCAGCUCACGUGUUCCAUAAGAUUAUCUUGUCCGAUACUUAUUUUAUAUACUCACUCAGCCGAUAUUUUGUUCCGUUAUUUAUAGACAAGUUUUUAAAUUUUGUUGAUUUUUCUCAAUUAAUCUGAGUGAUCAUGUAUUUUGAUAUUUGAACCAACAUAAAUAUGUGAUAUAAUUGUAUUUUCAGACAUUCAAUCAUUUUUAUAUGAAUUCUUAUUUCUAGUUUUGUUUUUACAAAGGUGGUGUCAUUAUUUUACAUUAUUUAAUGAAAUGUUUUAGAAAUGGAAACUUUUUCUUCUUCAGAAAAUGAAAUUGUAUAGCUAAACAAUCAUAUAUCUUUACUCAAGAUUACAUCACAGGUGGUGUUUUUGUUUUAUUUGGUUUUAAUUAAUCUGGAGCAUUAUGUAAAGUGUUUUUACCAUUUAGGUGUGUUCGUUUAAAACACCAUUUUGGUCAACCGAAAAAUAAAAUAUUCACAUUUGCUGCCAGUGUUGCCAUUACAGCUAUUGACAUAAUAAUAUUUUCCAUGUACCAAGUAGGGUGGGUGAAGUGAGUUAUUUUAUUUUGAAAUAAAUGUAAUUAUUUUAAAUUCUAAGUUUUAUCAAAUAAUAAGAUUUAAAUAAAAAUCAAAUAAUUAAUAACAUUAGAUUUUGAACACAGAAAUAAGUAUGUUACAUAUUUACAACGGUUUCCAAUUCAGUUAAAAUGCAGUCAUUUUUUUAUGUCAAACUUAACUUUAAUGGAACGCAUGUCAUUUUAUCCUGGUCUUGUUUAACACCAUAGCGAAGGUGGAAAAUAUCUCCAAACCCAUGGUUAAGGCAUCACAAUCAAAGAAUGCAAUUUAUGCAUACAUGAUGACAUUUGCUUCAAUGUCAGCCGGGUUGGUAACAUGUAGCAGACCACGUUUCUGUGGCCACACAGAUUACAUCCUUCCUAUACCUUUACGUUGCAAAACUAAAUCUUUCUUCUGAAGUAAGAUAAGUAAAGUCAACUCUCUGAUCUUGUAACUAUGUUCAUUCUAGUCACCACCUCAAUUUUUUAGUCUAAAAAGUAAGGACUGCACAAAGGCAAAUGUAAUAUUUGUCAAAUAUUUAAAAUACUGGCAUUAAGUUCGUGUUAGUUUGAAGUUUUGCCCACCCCCUAAGAUAAACUUGGCAACUGUGGCUUGGUAUAUGUCAUAGUCACGUAAUCACUUCAGUUCAGCUAGACCAGCCAGUUGGAAGUGGUGUGAUCCAAAAUUAUCUUGUUAAAAUAUUCAUAAUCACAUUAAAUCUAAUUAUUUAUAAUUUGUGAAUAUGUUAAAAAUAAAUUGUGAUGUUUGUAAAUGUAACUUUUAAUUAGGUUUAAAUAAUUGCCCAUUUUAAACUGUUGUUAUUUUUGGGAAAUUUACAUAUUUUUCAAAAAAAGAAUAGGUGAUUGAAUCAUAGAAGCAGAAUUUUUAAGAACUUGGCUUUGUAACAUUUCAACUUUGAUAACAUAAUGUUGUAUUGCAACUCUAAAAAAAAGCAACUUCAAUUUAAGGGUUUGAUGCUAUUCGGCAGUGUUGUUUACCAGUAUGUUAUCAUUUGUCAGUAUGUUGUGGAAAGACUGAUUCAUGUUGGUUAGUAAGCGUUCUUCAUAAACAAACUACUUUGCACCACUUAUAGGCUUUGUUUAUUUUUAUUUCUAGCAUAAACAAUUAGUACAAUCCUUUCUUAAGCACACAAAAGUUUUGUCAUAUUGUUUUAAAAUAUAGUGCAUUGCCUAGCAAAUAAAUAUAAGAGUUUAUUAUCUGUAUGAAAAUUUGAUUGCUUUCCCAACAAGUGGAAGAGUUUGGGACUGAUCUUCCACUGAAAAGUAUGCUUAUUGACCAAGCACCUCAUAAUAGAGAGUAUGUAGUUAUCAACUGUUCAUAUUUUGAAAAAUAAAAAUGUUUUCUUUUUACUUAAA